AUGGUUGCUGUUACAUCUGCUGCUUUAAGAAAGAGAAAGACCUUGAAAAAAGGUAUUCAAUUCACCGUUAUGGUUGUUGGUCAAUCUGGUACUGGUAGAUCAACUUUUAUCAAUAGUUUAUGUGGCCAACAAGUUGUUGAUACCAGUAGCACAAUUCCAUUACCAACAGAUGAUUCUACUGAAAGAGACUUCAACUUGAGAGAGGAAACAGUUGAAUUGGAAGAUAAUGAAGGUGUCAAGAUUUUACUUUCCAUAAUUGAUACACCAGGUUUUGGUGAUUCAUUAGAUAAUUCAUCAAGUUUCAACAUUAUAACAGACUAUCUCAAACAUCAAUAUGAUGAAAUCUUAUUGGAAGAGAGUAGAGUUAGAAGAAAUCCUAGAUUUAAAGAUUCAAGAGUUCAUGCUGUUUUAUAUUUCAUUAAUCCAACUGGUCAUGGGUUAAAAGAAUUGGAUAUUCAUUUAUUAAAACAAUUAUCAGGAUUGGCUAAUAUUAUUCCAGUUAUUAGUAAAUCAGAUUCAUUAACACGUGAAGAAUUGAUUUUAAACAAGAAAUUGAUAUUGGAAGAUCUAAAAUAUCAUCAAAUUGAAUAUUAUAAUUUCCCAUAUGAUUUAGAAAACGAUGAUAAUGAAACCAUCGAUACAAAUUCUUAUCUAAGAUCAUUAAUUCCAUUUUCAGUCAUUGGAUCAAAUCAAGUGUUUGAAGUUGAUGGAGAAUUGAUUAGAGGGAGAAAAUAUCCUUGGGGUUUUAUCAAUAUUGAAGAUCAUGAAUCAUCAGAUUUUGUGAUACUUAGAAACUUGUUAUUGAUCAGUCAUUUACAAGACUUGAAAGAUUAUACACAUGAAAUCUUGUAUGAAAGAUAUAGAACUGAAGCUUUGAGUGGCGGAGGGUUACCAGAACAUCUAAGUACACAAUUAAAUUCAGCAUCUGCAAGUGUUAGAUCUCCAUAUGCUGAAGAUUUGAAAUCACCAAGUAUUAAACAAGAAGAUAAUGCUUCAAUCAGUACACCAAGCUUAAACAAUAAUCAUAAUGAUACUUAUUUAGCUCGUGAGGAACAGAUUAGAUUGGAAGAGGAAAGAUUAAAAGCUUUUGAAGAAAGAGUUCAAAAAGAUUUAUUACAAAAGAAACAAGAAUUGUUAGCAAGGGAACGUGAAUUAAGAGAAAUUGAGGAAAGAUUAGAGAAAGAAGGUUCUGUUAAACCUGAACCACUUGAAUAA